UCGCGCCGCGUGGGAAAGACACGUCUUCUAACGCUUUGAACACGACUCUCAUCAUCGCGGCCACCAACACCUAUCUCCUCGAGCUCAUCGUGCUUAACAGCGAGCACGACUCUUUCUCACCAUGUCUCGGUUAACCGCUGCGCAACUUAUUGCACAGGGAGAAUACUUGGAACCCGACUUUGAUCCUUCAACGCUCACUGUUUCCCAACUGUUGGGGGUUUUCGGUUACCAUAACAUCAAUUACCCCUCUCAGUACACCAAAGUCAAACUCAUUCAAUUAUUCAAUGAUGAGGUCAAACCGAAGGGGAAUAAGUUCAAGAAGCAGAGGUUGAAAAGGGAAAAUAGCCAAGCUAGUGAUGAUGGAAUCACGGAUGGCUUAACUGGGAAGCCUAUAGGUGAUACCAAGCCUGUUCGAAGGUCUUCGAGACGUAUUUCUCGAACUCCUUCACAAGUCCCUCAGCCUGAACCGGAAACAUCCAAACUGGAACCUCCCAAACGUCGCAGAUCAUCUGCUGAACCAGCAUUAGGAGGUCCCUCUCGUAGAAGGACUGCCAAACCAACACAACCUGUUCUAAUGGAAGAGAGCGAACCAGAAGAGUUACCUAUACGCAAAGUCAGCCGAAGUAAAAAGAGUUCCGCUGACGCUGGAAGUCAGGCUCGUCGUGUAUCUGAAUCACGACACACCGAAGAUUCGGGAUGGGAAGACAACAAUAUCUUCCAGUCUGGCGCCGAAUCUUCAUCUCCAGGCCGCCCUUCUCCCGUCCGUCCUCGAGUGAAACGGCCUAGUGGGAUCCCUACGCGUUCUCGCAAGUCAUUGUCUGCACCGCCGGAUUACGUCCUGGAUUCUCCGACGAAGGAUAAAGGCAAGGCUAGAGUGAAGCCUAUCGGCAUCCGGGCGCCUAGUGUCAAGCCUCCAGAAAGCUCUUUCGAACCGGUCUUGCCUCCUGAGGUAAUCAGAGAAACAAGGUCCACUACGGCAAAGGCUUCCAGGGCCACUGAUAUCAUCAAGAGACGCAAAGACCUUAUAGUCGAAGUUCCGGAUGAUGUUGAAGAAGUGACCGAACCGAGCUCGCAAUCACAAGAAGUUAGAGUGGAGAAACAGGCAAUAACUGAAGAGCAAGCAGUCACAAGUGAGGUUCCUUUUGAGACUGAAGUCGAACCUGAGGCAGAGGGCGAAUGGGAAGAGUUUGCGGAGGGAGCUGAGCAAGUCCGUGCAGUAUCUCAACGCAUCUCUGAAGGUGGUCAGCUUGCGCGACGCGGUCCAGAAGCUGAACCAACAUCUAUGUCGUUAUUCCUGCGUUUGUUGAUUGGAUUCUUGCUGGUGACUGGCCCGAUUUUCCUAUUCAACUACAAACAAGAAUCAGCACCUAUUGGAUUCUGCGAAACAGGAAAGUCCACCAACACCGUAUUGGAACGUCUUCAAGCCAAGUGGUCUGCGAUCGAAAGCUGUAACAGGGCAAAUAGCAGCUUGCUCUAUUCUGCACCCGACCCAUAUACAACGGGAUCGGUAGACUCACCAGUACCAACGCAAACCGCUGUGGAAAUGCCUGACGACUCAGAACAGGACCAAGUUGCAAAGAGCGAGCCUUGCCCACCUCUGCCUUUGGUACCAGUACCUCAUCCAUCGACUUGCGCUCCUUGCCCUCCACACGCCUCGUGCACACCCUCGUCAAUGACAUGCGAAACUGGUUAUUUGAUUCGUCCUCACCCUGCUUUGUUCUUCUUACGACUGCCCACCAAUCCUUCUCCUGCGACUUCUAACCCCCAACAAUCCUACAUGUUACCUUACUAUUCGGACAGUCUUACGCCGGCAGAUUCGAUCUCACAGACCGUGUACAAGUACAUCUCACUGGCUCUUGACGGUUUCCCUGGUCUUGGUCCGGUGGCUUUUCCCCCUAGAUGCGUUGAAGACCCUAGGAGAAGAAGGCAUAUAGGUGUACUAGGCAGAGCGGUAGAAUCGAUUCUCGCUCAAGAACGCGGUCGCAGGUUAUGUUCCGGGGAAGUUUCUACGAAGCCAUCUGCGACUGAGGCUGAAGAGGCCAGGAAAUGGGGCAUAGAGCUUGAAGAGCUGAAGGACUCUAUCAGGAACAAGACUUCAUCUCAUCUGCUGGAUACCUUUGAAGAUACAUUCAAUGAGGCUAUCCAACAGAUCGUCCAGUAUGGUGGAGUGAUGCUUGGUGAAGAUGCAGAGGGCAAGCGAUACCUUGCGCAUCGAACACCUCAGAUGGAUUGGGCAUGCACGCUCCGAGUCAAGGCUCGAGAGUCUUGGUUGGAAUGGCAAAAGCAAAUCAUCAGCACUCUUCUUUUGAUCCUCAGUAUCUUGGCUUUCCGACGCCGCCGGGCACAAGCGGAAGUUGAGAACGCUCGCGUUGCCUCUCUAGUCCAAAUCGCGCUCGAUUUGUUACGCAAUCAAGAACUGGCUCAUCACACAGAUCCCAUCACUGCACCACAACCCUAUCUCUCGUCUUUGCAAUUACGUGACCUCAUUUUGCAGGACGAACACUCUGUGAGAGCGCGCAAGAGACUUUGGGGGCGCGUCGAGCGCGUUGUGGAGGGCAAUGCUAAUGUGAGAACCAAUUUAGAAGAAGUCGAUGGUGGAGAUGAGUUGCGCGUUUGGCGGUGGGUUGGGAGCACUGGUAGAACCUUGUCCGGUCCUAGCGGAGUGAAGAGGUUUGCGGUUCAAGCGGACAAGGCUGAGUCCACUGUUGCUUAAUUUCUUUAGACAUCCUUUCAAUGAGCUUUGGCUUACUCGAAGUUUCUUUAAACGCUUGACGCGACAUUCCUCCAUGGAGAUCGAUUAUAGUUCUUGAUUUGUCUGCUGACUUGUGAUGACUUAAACGACCAUAUGACAUGCCUACCUGUAUCUGUUUUUCUCUCUCUAGCCUUCUUUCCGUGUUUCUCGCUGGUGUUGAAUUGAUCCGUGGCUACUGCCCCAUGUAUACUACGUAGUUGCUUUCCAAGUUCGAAACCUGUCCCAAUUUGAUCUAUUCAAAGCUCUUGCCGUCAAACCUUCCUCCAAUUUUCAAAUCGACAAGUCUGUGUGAAGUCAGGAUAUCGAUCGACAAUCUUGAGUUUUUCUUUUCCUAGUUACGAUCACAUCUGAGGUUUCCUUUUCGCGUCUUUCCAAUUGUUUUCACCAAGAUCAGUGGCCCCGCCGGCGAUCCACCUGGACCGUCCAACUUUCUCGUGAUCGCAAACAAAAAGCGAUAAACAAUCGGACAAAGGAGAGCCGCCAUUUCUAACAGCCCACAUAUGCUAAGCCCAAUAAGUCGGAUACAGCGUCACAGUAUGGGUCAUCGGUCCCAGUGGUCCUCGAGCUCCUCAUUAAAUGAACGGAACAAGGUCAAAGGAUGACAUUUUCGCGAACCACGGCCGGGACAAGUACGGACAAGUCUACGAUGGUCAGUUGUGGAUAAGAAUUUCCAUUUUGGUAAGAAGGGGUUGGCAUAUUGAUAGGAGGGAGCGGGCGGAAAAAAUAAGACGUAGAAGAAGAAGAAGACCUUCUGAAGAAGGAUGCUUCCUCUAGAAUUAAAAUCGAUGCGUCAAA